GGACCGAGAAAAUUCCAGAAUUUUGCUCCCUGCUCCGAGGUGGCAGCAGCGACCAGAGUGCGCAGCAUCAUCUCCGACAGAGAAAGCAGCAACAGCAUAAAGGCAGCGCGUCGAUACAUAGUCGGCACUGGUAGCAGUGGUUCGACAGCGCAGCGAACAGAGCUAUUCUUGUUAUAUCAGUGUUGUGCCAAUUGAUCGAAGGUCUCAGACAAGGGCACCUCAUUCAUACCGGCUGUGAAGAGCUGUGCUGCCCUUAUCAUUCAUACAGUAUCACUUGACUGACACCAUGGUGGACCUUGUCGAGCGGCUUGACGUCUUGUUGGCUCAGGAGGAGGGAACCUACACGACAGUGGACUAUCUCACGCCCGAUCACCAGCGGAAGUUGUUGCUGACCUGUGGUGACGACUACGAUUCGCUCGUGGAAUCGUCUUCCGCAUAUGCAAGUUCUAGUUGUUCUUCGUCCAAUUCGGGCAUCAACGAGUUCUGGCGAGAGAAGAUUGUCGAAUGGAGCUAUCAGGUCAUUGACCAUUUCGACUACUCGCGAGAAGUUGUCAGCGUUUCCAUCCAUUAUCUGGAUCGGUUCCUCGCGGCGCGGCAUGUCAACAAGAAAUCAUUCCAGUUGGCUGCCAUGACCAGCUUGUUUCUCGCAGUCAAGCUCUAUGAACCGGGAAGAAUCAGCAUGUCCUCCAUGAUUGAGCUCAGCAGAGGAUAUUUCACGGUUUCCCAGCUCGCGAACAUGGAGCUGGAACUCCUCAGGGUCCUAUCUUGGCAAGUACAUCCACCUACAGCCUAUUGCUUCUCCAAGCACAUCCUUUUCUUGAUGCCAUAUACUUCCAUAUCCAUGGAUAGUCGCCACGAUAUUUUAGAAUUGACCCGGUUCCUCGCGGAGCUCAGUGUCAUCGACUACUUUUUUGUGGCUCGCAAGGGAUCCUCGGUUGCCCUAGCGGCCUUGCUCAACUCGAUGGAUGAAAUCCCGGCGGUAUCCAAGGAAGCCAAAGAAGCGUUCUACAACGAGCUUCAAAGAAUCAAAGGCAUUGAUGCUGAGAGCCCAGAAGUCCUAGACUGCCGCGAGAGGCUCCGACUUCUCUACGCACAGGGAGGCUACUCCCGUCCCGAGUCCGGAGCUGGUACUCGGAACGAUGCGGUCAUCUCACCUGUGUGUGUAUCGUACUCGUUUACGACUCCAUACCAGGGCAACCCAGCGGCAGAGCAAACCCAGCUCACUGAACCCAAGUCCACCGCUACUGCCCCCACUGCCGAAGGUUCCUCCACGACACUGCUUUAGCCAGUACGAGCAUGGCAAAAGCAAACAGACGUUUUGCUUCCAAAAUCCAAACCACCGACCAUCAAACCCUUACCUAUGCCAUGGGUAAGACAGUGUUUCUCUUCUAUCUAUCUAUAUCACCAAGCAAUGAGAAAGACCAGUGACACCACCACUGUGCAUUGCUGCAGCCCUUGGCCAGAACGAUCCUCCCAGCGGCCACUGCGGCGCGCCCCAUACUAUCGUAUUGAUGCGCUGUCAUGAAGACACGCACUGCAGGGCUAUACUUCACUCUUCGCACGCAUUAUACCAAUCACGAAAACCUUACUAUGCAUGUGGCAUUAGCCGUACACUAUAUAACUGUAUUUUUCUAC